AUGGCUAACGCGGAAGGUGUUGCUAACAUUGAGCAGGAAAUGGAAGGAGAAGAGGUGAAUAGAGAUGAACCAAUGUUGCCUGCACCACAACCAGGUGGUGCAUGUAAUUUGCUAGUGAAACCAAUAUUUGGCUACAUAAAUAGAUGGACAGAGUGGGACUCAAGACAAGAAGGAAAAGUUACACUGCCACCUAGGGCUAGCGUUUUGGUUUACGUCGGCCAUUGUGCUGAGCUUCCAGCACCGAAAUAUGAAUUCACUGUGAAAGAAUACAUUGAGGGUAUUCCACAAAAAAACGUGUGGCGGUACAAUGUUCCAUUGCACGUUGAACUGGAACUGGAAAAAAAGCGAAACAACGCUGCAUGGGGUUAUGAAGUCAGUAUUAAGAUAGAUGUGAUUGUCAAUAGUAUGUUCUACCAAACUUAUCUCUCCAACGAUAAUGAUCAUAGCUUGUACCGAAGAAUAUUCUGCAUUCAUUACUGCAAUGCAAUCAGUGCUAAAUAUGAUAUUUUACUAAACGCUGAAGAAGCCCUAUACUGUACAUACAUUGGCUCCGAGAGAACAAUCGCAACCAUGAACAGAAAAGCCAAACCAAUUUUGAUCCGCAAGAAGUUCGAUCCACCACUAAAAGAAAAAGAAAUUCAAAAGAUCGUGAAAAAUAACAAGACGAAAGUUCAGAAAAAUCGUCCAGAAAUGCAGGCGUUGGGCAUCAAAGAGUUUGGAAAAGUAACUAUUACUCGUUUUGAGAGAAACUUGAAGAUAUCAUUUCCAGUUGAAUACGAAGGCAUGGAUUUUAAUGGAUUAUUCUCGUUGAACAUUAAAGUCAAUAGGAACAUGGUGAGUUUGGUGUCCGAUGACGGUGCCGAGGUGUUCAGCGUAACAUUCCAAUUUCGUUUUGAUGAAAAAGGAAACAGAAUGGUGUACGACAAGGAGAACAACAUUAUUACACUAUCAGUUAUGAUUAAAAUCUAA